GGAGCGGUUGAGUGGUGCGUAGGUCGACCGCGUAGCGUCUCCUAGAAUAAAUGUGCCCUGUCUUGGGGAAGAGAGAGAGAUGCCUGUUUGGAAACAAACUGGGAAAUGCGAAAAAAUGUUGGGGAGCAAUGGGAAAUAAGAGAGCUUGAGUUCCUUUUGACUUGCCAUUCUCAGCUUCCUCAUGCCUCCAUCUCCACUAGACGACAGGGUAGUAGUGGCACUCUCCAGGCCCGUCCGACCUCAGGAUCUCAACCUUUGCUUAGAUUCCAGCUAUCUGGAUUCUGCCUCUUCUGCCAGCGAGAGCCACGUGAGUCUCCUCAGCACAGCUGUUGUGUCCCUCAAGGCUGCGAAUCUGACGUAUAUGCCCUCAUCCAACGGCUCUGCUCGCUCCUUGAGUUGUGGAUGCAGCAGUGCCAGUUGCUGCACUGUGGCAACGUACGACAAAGACAAUCAGGCUCAGACUCAAGCCAGCACCAGCAGCACUUCUGCCAACGUAGGAACCUCGACCACGUGCCCUGCUAACCAAAUGGUCAACAACAAUGAGAACUCUGGCCCAUUGAGUCCCUCCAGCGGCGUGGGGAGCCCGGUCUCGGGCCCAACCAAGCAGUUGCCUAGUGUCAAAAUCAUCUAUCCCAAUGAACUGGCAAAGAAGAUGACCAAAUGCAGCAAGAGCCACCAAGGGCCGGUCAUCAUCGAUUGCCGGCCCUUCAUGGAAUACAACAAGAGCCACAUCCAAGGAGCUGUCCACAUUAAUUGCUCUGACAAGAUCAGCCGGCGAAGGCUUCAGCAGGGCAAGAUUACCGUCUUGGACUUGAUCUCUUGCCGGGAAGGCAAGGACUCCUUCAAGAGGAUCUUUUCCAAAGAAAUAGUUGUUUAUGACGAGAAUACCAAUGAGCCAAGCCGAGUCAUACCUUCGCAGCCAUUGCACAUAGUGCUGGAGUCUCUCAAGCGAGAAGGCAAGGAGCCCCUGGUUCUCAAAGGUGGACUCAGCAGUUUUAAACAGAACCACGAAAACCUCUGUGACAACUCCCUCCAACUCCAAGAGUGCCCCGAAGGCGGAGGAGGGGGCGGUGCUGCCGCCGCGGUGACCUGCACGCUACCUCAGUCCAUCCCGACCACCCCAGACAUUGAGAACGCCGAGCUCACGCCCAUCUUGCCCUUCUUGUUUCUUGGCAACGAGCACGACGCUCAGGACUUGGAGAAGAUGCAGCGGCUGAACAUCGGCUACGUCAUCAACGUCACCACUCACCUCCCUCUCUACCAUUACGAGAAAGGCUUGCUCAACUACAAGCGGCUGCCGGCUACAGACAGCAACAAGCAGAAUCUCAGGCAGUACUUCGAAGAGGCUUUUGAAUUCAUUGAGGAAGCUCACCAGUGUGGAAAAGGCCUCCUCAUCCACUGCCAGGCCGGUGUGUCCCGCUCUGCCACCAUUGUCAUCGCUUACCUUAUGAAGCACACGCGGAUGACCAUGACUGAUGCCUAUAAGUUUGUCAAAGGCAAGCGACCAAUCAUUUCUCCUAAUCUUAAUUUUAUGGGGCAGUUAUUGGAGUUCGAGGAAGAUCUAAACAAUGGAGUCACGCCGCGAAUUCUCACGCCAAAGCUGAUUGGGGUAGAGACUGUCGUGUGAUGGCAAGGAAGCACGUGACUAAAAAGAGAUGUUCGUAUUCUUCACUUGACAUCGACUUGGAAGGCUUGGAUUUACCCCGUUUUUCUUUUUUUCUUUUUAGCUUUAUUGAGGAGGGUUUAUUAUAAGACAAAACUUUGGACAGGAACCUUUUUGAAGAAAAGGUUUUAAAAAUACAAGGACUUCACAAACAUUGGGCAAGUCCCUUCUUGAAAAGAGGAUGGUGGGGGGGGUGCUUUGAAGAAACCAGUUUUUUAAAAUCUCCUUUAAGAGAGAAACUGGACACUAUACAAUUUUGUUCUUCCCUUUUUGGUUAUUCAGCUACUUGUAGAGAUUAUGACUAAGUAGUCUGUGCAGGUUCAUAGACCGAAGACAGCUAUUUUCCCCCCUCCAAAAUAAAAUACAACCAGCCAAAAUAAAAAAGCGAAAAGACAACUAAAACCCACGGGCGGCCUUGAGUUUGCAAAGGCUUUGCUACAGAAACCCUAAGCAAAAUGCUUGCUGGUGCAAAGAAGAUCAGAGCAGCUUAAAACUAUCUGCAAAUCCCUUCUCACCCUCUUGACUAGAGAAAAUCUUUUUAUUUGCUGUGUUUCAUCUUCUGGUACUAUUUUUCUAUUUGGGGGUUGGGGGGUAGGCUAACACCAAGGGACUUGACCAUUUUACGCCAUAUGCCUUUACUGGCUUCUUGUGCAAUAAUAGUUUUGAGUAAUGGAAAGAGUUCUUUAUUUUGAGUGUUCAAAGCAGUUACAGCUGGCUGCCCAUUAAUAAUAUUAAUAAUAUUUUUAAAUAGCAUAAAGGUGGCUGGCUUGAUUUAAGAAGAAGGUAUACAACAACAACAAAAAGCAAUUAUUUUUUUCCCUUUUUCCGAUUCUGGUUAUAGUGCCAUACACCUUGUUACAUAUGUAUAUCAGAAUGUACAAAGAUCAAGAACGAGCAAAGUUUAUUUAAAAUAUUUUUUCGCACAAAAUACUGGUGUGUUUUUCUGUUCAUGUAAAAAGUUUGAUUAUAAAAAUGAAAACUGUUUUAGAAA